AUGGCUGACCAGCUUACCGAGGAACAAAUUGCCGAGUUCAAAGAGGCUUUCUCGUUGUUCGAUAAGGAUGGCGACGGUACUAUUACCACCAAAGAAUUGGGGACAGUUAUGAGAUCGCUAGGUCAAAACCCAACAGAGGCUGAAUUGCAAGAUAUGAUUAACGAAGUCGAUGCUGAUGGUAAUGGAACUAUCGAUUUCCCCGAAUUCCUUACAAUGAUGGCGAGGAAAAUGAAGGAUACCGAUAGCGAAGAGGAGAUCCGUGAAGCAUUCAGGGUAUUCGACAAAGACGGCAAUGGCUUCAUUUCGGCAGCCGAAUUGCGUCAUGUGAUGACGAACCUUGGGGAGAAACUCACUGACGAAGAAGUUGACGAAAUGAUUCGUGAAGCGGAUAUCGAUGGAGACGGACAAGUGAACUAUGAAGGUGCGUUUUAUUUAUUGACUUUGUAUUUUUCUUUUCAAUCCAAUCCUCAUGAAAGAGUACUUGCGAGUUCAUUCUUCUUCCAGCUACCCAAAAAGUUUUCUGUUCCCAACCGAUGCACUUUGUUGCACUCUUUCUGA